AUGAAUUCUAUUCCAUUUAAAGUUGAUUACGGACUUUUUGCAGAUGAUACUGCAAUAUUUACUUCUAGCAAUACAACAUCUAGAGUUCGUGAUCGUCUACAAGAAUCUGUUGAUCAGUUUGUACAAUGGUGCCACGCAUGGAAACUUGUUGUUCAACCUACAAAAACGGAACUUAUACAUUUUUCAUCACAUCAUCGUAAAAAAUAUUCAAAUCCUAUUCAUCUUAGAGUAUCUAAUAUUGAUAUACGACCACAAACAUCUGCACGCUAUCUUGGAAUUAUUUUUGAUAAACAAUUACGUUGGCAAGAACAUGUGAAACAUAUUGAAACAAGAAUUCAAUCUCGUAUAAACUUACUUCGAUUUUUAAAUAGGAUUACUCCUGAUUCAAAUGAAAAGAUCAUGCUUAAUAUAUAUAAGUCAUUGAUUCGACCAAUAUUAACCAAUGGUUCUUCGAUUCUUUUACAUGCUGAAGAUAAGAUUUGGAACAGAUUACAAAUUGCUCAAAAUAAAUCAAUUCGAGCAGCACUUAAUA